CAAAAUGGCGAAACAAGGGCAAGAAGCAAUGAAGAAGGCUAUUCAAAAUGCUAGAGGAGCUGGAGUUGGUCUAGGACUCGUGGCUGCUGCCGGAGCCGCCGUUUACGGUGUCGCCCAGUCAAUGUUCACUGUGGAAGCUGGACACCGAGCUAUCAUGUUCAACAGAAUUGGAGGAUUGUCGACGGAUUUGUACAAGGAAGGACUUCACUUCAGAAUCCCAUGGUUCCAAUAUCCAAUCAUCUAUGAUAUCCGUGCCAGACCAAACCAGAUUCGCUCUCCAACUGGAUCGAAAGACUUGCAAAUGGUCAACAUUGGACUCCGUGUUCUCUCUCGACCAAAUCCUGAACAUCUCGUUCAUAUCUACAGAACUCUCGGACAAAACUGGGAAGAGCGUGUUCUUCCAUCGAUUUGCAAUGAAGUUCUUAAAGGAGUUGUCGCCAAAUUCAAUGCUUCACAACUUAUCACUCAACGCCAACAGGUUUCUAUGUUGGUUCGCAAAACAUUGAUCGAGCGGGCUCUUGACUUCAACAUUAUCCUCGAUGAUGUUUCCCUCACCGAGCUCGCUUUCUCUCCACAAUACUCUGCAGCUGUGGAAGCUAAGCAAGUUGCCGCACAGGAAGCACAAAGAGCAACCUUCUAUGUUGAACGUGCUAAGCAACAGAAGCAAGAGAAGAUCGUUCAAGCUGAAGGAGAAGCUGAGUCUGCAAAACUUUUGGGAGAGGCCAUGAAGAACGAUCCAGGAUUUUUGAAGCUUAGAAAAAUCCGUGCUGCUCAAAAAAUUGCUCGUAUCGUGUCUGAGUCUGGAAACAAGACUUAUCUCCCAACAGGAGGAUUGAUGUUGAAUAUUGCCGACACCGACUAUUUGAAUGUGACCGACAAAAGACGCUAAUUAAGUCAUUCCUGAAUCUGAUCUUACCCGCAUUGAUGAGUAAUUGGAAACUGUAAUCAUGUUUUUUUAAAAAUUUCCCGUUUAGCAUUAUCCCUCUCUUUUUGUUUAAAAUAGUAGUUUAGUUUUUCUUUCAACCCAUCAAUUUGUUAUUGUUUUGUUUCGAAUAAUUAAUAGAAAAGAGAAUCAUCAUGAAUUUUCUUCAUUCUUUUUAAUAGUUUUCUAUUUUCAAUACAUUUCACUUUUUC